CCUGUCUUGUAUGUGUAUGUGAUUGUGUACACUCGUACACUCGUGCACCGACUCCGCUGUCCACCCCACAACGACAUCGCAUCAUCGAACACCGCACUCAGGAGAUCCCACAACAAAGAAGAUCUACGAAAUCUACAACAAUGGAGCAAUUCAACACGCCUUCCACCACUGCUAGCAAGGUCAAUGCGCCGUUAGUGAAGCAUAAAAAGAAGUUUGCCACGAAGCCCGGGAAGCAAGCCGCCACCGCCGCCGCCGCCGCCGCCGUCAACACCCCCCCCACGACACCGGAGGUGCGGUCCACGCGAUCGGGCUCUUCUGCCUCCGCUGCCGCCGCCCCCGUCGAGCCCGAGCAGCACGUUGACGGCGACGUGGUGGAAUCCGCGAUGAGAAAACUCAAGGGGACCCGCCCGGAGCUCCUGCGGACGUCGACCUACUACGAGGGGGCCAAGGGCGCCUACAUGUUCCUUGCCGGCCUCCCCGUGCUGAACGGCAUUGCGCCAACCGUGGAGGCGAUGGCAGAGUCGCUCAUCAACAUGACUCCCCUCAAGCCCAGCCCAGAAGAGCAGGCGGAGCAGAAGUCUGUGGCCAUGCUGGACAAGAAGAUCUGCGAGGCGCUCUCCUACGCCGACGAGGUGGUGGACGUGAAGAAGGACGAGACCAUCGAGGGCAUCGUGUCCGUCAAGAAGACCAUCAACACUCUAGGCCCCGUACAGACUGUCGUGGGCGCGGCGUGCAACGUGGGCGACGGCGUGGGAAAGGCGUACGGCUCUGCCAACGACACGUUCGGGAGCGUAUGGCAUCAGGUGUUCGCCACGGUGACGAAAACUUACACCGGCGUCACGACCAUGGCCGGCGAGACGGUCACCAGAGUGGCCGACACCGCCGGGGGCGCCGUCAAUCACGUGACUGGGACAACCGGCGACGUGGUCAACUCGGCAAAGUGCACGGCGUGUAGCACGGUCGAGGACGUUAAGUCGUUCGUGGGCAGCACCACCGAGAGCAUUGGCUCGAACGUGAACUGGGCUACGACGAAAGCGUGGUCCCUCAUCGACGCCGCCGUCGCCUACCCGGUGGGCCUCGUGCAGUCGGUCUUGGGCACCAAGAAGAGCGAUGCGUCGCCAGAGAAAUAGCGCGUGGGCGGUAGAUGCGCUGAUGCUGAGCUGGGCUGUCCGUGUCGCUAGUUGUUUGCCGUGGCCGUUGGCCCGACGUAUCGUGGAGCUCGUGUGUGUCACAAACAAGCAUGCACAAGCGACCUUUCACAUUCAGCCUGUGUUCCUGGGAGGGGCGGGGGGGGGGUCCAUGUCGCGGACUUGUGAAAAUCGACGUGGCGGGCGGGGUGGUAGCGAAUUGGACACAUCUGGGAGGGAGUUGUAAUUGGAUGGGCUUAUGGUUUACUUUUAGCCCACUGGCCGCUGUACGUGAGCGGCAGGUGUCAGUACAUUCCUCUGUCCAAAGAAUUAGGAGUUGCCCACAGCAUCAGCGAAAGGAGUAGCGUGCCUCGUGUUUGCUUAAAGAAACAACGUGAUGCUUUUUCUUUCGAUGGUGAUCUCAUUGGGUCUACUACCGGGGGAGAGGGGCGUGGUCGUUUCUUCAAGGCGACUUCUGACGACGGCAGCGAGAAAGGAAUCAACUACAUUUGACACCCUUGUUUGGGUCCUCUUGCGAGGGCGAAAGACGAACCGAACAAGAUGAGGUUGGGUGCGUCGCUGUGUUUGGCCGCCGUCUUCGACUUGCCACUCUCGAGGUUUUGAUAUAUUUUCUGGUGAGCUUUGUAUCUAUCCAGGAAAUGGUCCACGACCUUGUGUUCGCAGGCAAUGCUGUCUGUUUCAUUUACCGUGGUGGGGGGGGGGGGGGNAUUGUGAUAUCAGCCCCAUAAGGGAUCAAAAUUUUGUAGGCGCUUCGCGCGUGUCACUUGAGUGCGGCAUAUUUUUUACCAGAAAUAGCGUUUACAACCAAGACUAACCCAAGUGCUCGGAACGGUCCUUGUACAGACGGGUCAUCCGUGCGCACUCACUCACACGGACGAAGUCACAAUUUUGAAAUUUUGCCUGCUUGCGGGUCGUUUCUGUGUGGAUGCUACAAUAGCGUUGGUGUUGUGUUCGAGCGGGCGUGUGGGCGUGGCCGCUAGCGUGGGGUAUGUAUUUCGCGCUCGGGCUGUUGUAAAGGUGGGUCGGGUUUCAUAGGGGUGUGGGCUGCCGCGUUCAUUUGUGUCAGGGUGGGUGUUUGUUGCGUUAACAACAUGCGGGCUUGUGAUUUGCUGAUCAGGACUUGGGAUUUGCUGAUCCGAAAAAGCGUUCGAUUGAUGUGGGUGCAACGUGUUCAUGUGCCUCCUCCCCCCCACCACGGUCGAGGAAAUACGGUUGGGGGAGCUAGCUCUUAAAACGUUUUGUCGUGUGUGCUGGGAUUGUCGUGUCAAUAGGAUGGUAAUGGGUGUAUCCUAUCACGUGCGUACGUGAUCACCCAACGGGGUAGAGUACGCCGUUCGAAGGUGGGGGGCGUACACAACAAGCUAUUGCGUAUGUACUACACAUGUUUCUUGUUUAUUUGCAAGGUGCUCCUAUGCGGUACUAUUAUGCUGCACUUGAACUCGGUGUCGUGUUCUGCGCGUUGUCCAACUGUGAGAGAAGGAACACGUGGGCGCUCCGCCCGUUGUUUGUUUUGGCUUCUUCAGGCGCGACACCGCCGUCAUUGUUUUUUCACCCACGCCUCGGCGAUAGAUGAAGCCAAGACACGCUUACUUGCGACAGCAGU